UUCGGAACAGCUCCUUCGAAGAAUCCCGACCGUUGAUAUCCAAAGUCCCAUGAGAACCGUUCCUUGGUAUCCCGCUCGCCUAUAAAACUCAGCCCUAAGACCGAACCCUCAUAAGACGCCUCCAAAACCAGGCUAGGGUUUUUUCAGAUUCUGCAAAAUAAAGUUGAGGAGAAUCACAUGCCAUGGCUGGGGGGAAUUUCAUGAACAGAGUUCUUUCUUAUCUCGUCAAUGAAAUUGUUGUCAAUGGUCUUGCUAACAGUCCAUCCUUCCAGAGGUUUGCAGUGAGGACUUCCAAAACAAUAGAAGACAUUUCUAACCAGGCUCUAAAGAAAAGACAAGAAUUAACUGAGCAGUUGAAGGAUUUGUCUAGGAACAUUGAGUCUGGGAAGGGCCGAUGAAGCAGAAAGUGGCGUUUGUGCAUAUCAUUUUUGUUUUCCUGAACAGAUCUUAUACACCGGUUACAUAAAUGUUGAUAUAUUUUUGUAGUGGUAUUUGCCACCAUACUGAAUCAUGCAGGCUCAUCCUUGUGCUUUGUUGUAUAAAUUUUGAGACAUUACGGUUC